AUGUUGGGCAACUUGGAUCGGAGCAUCGCAGCCGAAAUGCUGGACCUCUACGGCCUGGUGGCUCAGUUUCUGCUGGGGCGAGAGACCACUUUGGUGUACUACAAUCCCGAAGGUCUCGACUGCAGUUGGAGUGACCUGUGGCAGCGCAAUCUGACUACCCAUCCGCAGAUCGUUUGGCAGCGAAGCUAUCCCUAUCCGGAUCUUUAUGAUCGGUUCAGCAGUGAUCUCAUGGUGCUGGCCUGCUUGUCAACGGACUGUGCUGCUGCCCAAUUGGAGACGCUGGCCUGUAGUUUAAGGCACCUGCGAACGGUGCCGUUGCUCAUCGAAGUGGCGGGACCCGAUCAGGAAUCCCUGGCCAGCCAGUUGCUUUCGUUUUGCUUGCACCAGAGCAUGCUUUACGUGGAGCUGUACUUCCGAAGCUACAACCACUCCCUAAUCCUCUACACCUACCGGCCUUUUCCGAAGUUUCAGUUGGUGAAAAGGGGGGUCUCAGGCGGAAAGGGAGUGGAAAUCUUUGUCAACAAGCUGGUGAAUUUGCAAGGACAUCGCCUGCGCGUCAUGCCAGACUUGUCGCCACCGAACACCUUUUCCUACCAAGAUGCCAUGGGAGAGAGCCAGGUGGCCGGCUACCUGUGGGACUUCAUAACCACCUUUGCCAGCCGCAUAAACGCCGGCUUGGCGGUAGUGCGUCCCAAUUGGCCAGCUGAUGGAGCCCCCGAAAGCUCAUACAUGUUGCAGUACACCGCCAGGGGUCUCAUAGACGUCGGCCUUACCACAACUUUGAUCACCAAGCGAAAUCACGGGGCCGUCGACCAAUACACCUAUCCAAUUUUUAUCUCCAGCUGGUGCACCAUGUUGCCGGUGGAGCGACCUCUGCCAACCGCUGAUCUAUUCGGCAGAAUAUUGUGUCCGGCCUUGGCUGUGAUCUUACUGCUUAUCGCUAUUGUCACCAGGCUGGUGGUCAGGCACCCGGGUUACCUGCUGCUGAUAAAAAAUCCGCGGAUGGCGCGGAUCGUGCCCCGAUUGCUGGCCCUGCUCCUACUGACCACCUGCAGUGCCCAGCUACUGUCGCUUCUGAUCUCACCUCCAUAUCAUGAGAGGAUCACCAGCUUUGAGGAUCUGCUUCAAGGUGACCAGAAGAUCCUAGGAAUGCGCAGUGAGUUCUACGACUUUGAUGGGGCUUUCCGGGCGCGAUAUGCAGGCAUAUUUCACUUGAUCGACGAUCCCAACAAACUGUACGAUCUGCGGAACCAUUUCAACACAACUUGGGCCUACACCAUGACCUACAACAAGUGGCUGGUGAUAAACACCCAGCAACGCCACUUCAACAAGCCGGUAUUUCGUUUGUCCGAGGACCUCUGCUUCAUAGAUUUUACGCCCACUAGCAUUGUUGUGGCCCCCGAUUCGAUUUACUGGGAGAACCUGAAGGACUUUACAUUCACCGCGAAUCAAGCUGGCCUUAUAAAGCACUGGGUCCACAAGAGCUUUUACGACAUGGUCAAGGCCGGAAUGAUGCGCAUAAAGGACUACAGCGAGAUCGAGACUCUUAAGCCUCUGAACAUCGCGGAUCUACUGCUGGUCUGGCGCAUCUGUGGAGCAGCCAUCGUGGUGGCCACUGUAAUUUUCUUGGUGGAGCUGUUGUUCUUCUAUGUCAACGUACUUCUCAACAGUUUGUAG